AUGGAUGGGCGUGAGAUUCCGGGAUUUUACUUCGACAAAGAAAAGAAAAAAUACUUCAAAAUUCAGAACCCGCAUACGGUGCCACCUCCGGGUUCGAAAUACUCCCUAGAGAACGUCCGGAAGGAGCAAAAGAAGGAGAAAGCCCUGAAAGAUGAGGCAGCGCGUUUGAGCAAAUGCCGGAAAGAGACGGUCGUGAGAAAGUAUUCAAGGGAUUUCUUGACACGGGCAAGCCUAGAUAGGGAGAUUGGCUGCAGAAGGAGAUCGUAUUAUCUGCAGAAUGUAUGGCCAGAUGCUUGUGCUUCUGGUUUGCAGCAUCGACCUCAAAAGGUCGUCGAGCGACCGGAAGAAGCCUCGAUUCGCCUCUUCGACCGUGAUCCAGCGACGAAAACACUUUAUGCAGUCUAUGGCGAAAACAGAAUCAAACGGCGACGACUCAACACUCCCGACGGCGUGCCGCUUCCGAGCGUAGAUCUCGACUUGGGGGACUACGGCGACGCUGUGCCUCUGAACGAGUACUCUUUCGAACCCUGGGAUGAGCUGGCUCGACUUACGUCUCCGAUAUCGUCGCUCAAUUAUCUACCUGCGUCUGGGGCCUUAGCGGCGACAACAUAUGGCUCGGAUAGGCCUCCAGUGGUCUAUCUGUCUGAUCCUGACCGAGAUGGACCCUACGUAAACCAACAGUUUACGCCAAAAAGCUGUACGGCGAUCUGGGGUGCCGCAUCACGACCGGAAACCUUCGCUCACAGUGACACUGUUCCAGCAACGCAGACGGAGAGCCUGGCCGUCGCUGCAUCCCAUUCGCUGCUCCUCUUCACGCGCUCACCAUCAGGAUCCUGGGACUCCUCUACCGUGCUCCAUUCCGACGCAGAUAUACUCGCUGUCGACUGGCUAAAUCCUGCGACGAUCGUCCUCGGCUGCCGUGAUGGAAAGAUCCGUCUGUAUGACACGCGAUCAAACGGUUCUUCACAUAUACUCACUCACCCGUACCCCGUCUCUCGAUUGCGGCGCGCCGACGAUCUUACCCGCAUUCUCUGCGCAGGCCUCCAGGAUAGUCUAUUCCUGUAUGAUAUUCGAUUCUCUCGCAACAAAGGCAACCAACACUACAGCGAGCAGUACUUCCAAUCGCUGAAUCCAGAAAUUCGUUACAGCAGAAAACGCCGAAGAUUGAACCGUAUCACGUCCAAGGGGUGGUCUCAGCCAAUUCUGAGCUUCCAGCAGUCGAAUCCUGACGAUCUAGAGCUAGAUAUGGACGUCGAUCCGAGACUAGGCCUAAUAGCCGCUGCACAGGAUCCGUCGACGUCGAGUGCCGUUGUUAGGGUACACAAUAUGUGGACGGGAAAAACAGUGAAAGAAUUCCGGCACGACGGCGGCAAGGAUAAAUCCGCUGAGAGUAGGAUACGAUGUCUGAAGUUUAUGGAGGGGAAUGAGUUUGGCGAUAUAAGUCUGUGGGCGACCUGGAACGGUGGAAUUGCGCGGUUCGGCUGGUAA